GGUGCGGCCGGGGUGGCAGCGCGCGGAGAGGGGGGGCGGCGGCGGCGGCGAGGAAGCGCUCCGCUGUGGUGGCGGCGGCGGCGGCGGCCGGGGGGGGGGGUGUUACCCGGAUGUCGCGCAUGCGCGGCGGCGGCUGGACGUGUCGGCGGCGGCCCCGGAGCGCGAGCGACAGGAGCGGCGGCAACAACAACAACAAGGCGGCGGCGACGGGGGCGGCCGUAGCGGGGCGGCCGGAUCCUCCCCUCCCCCGCGCCGCCGGCCUGUGAGCGCCGCCGCGCCGCCCCGCGGGCCCGGCCGCAGCCCGGGGAGGGGAGGGCGGGGGGGCGGAGGCCUGGCCCCGCUCCGCCGCUCCGGGGCCGGCAGGAGGCGAGGGAAGGGCCCCCCUCCCCCGCCGCCGCCCCUCACCGCAGCCGCAGGCCGCGCCCGGAGAGCGGCCGCUCCGCCGCCGCCCGCGGCCCAGGUUUUACCAAGAGACAGUACAUCUAACACUUAACUUGGAUCAUCUCUUGUUCAUCAGCUUGAAAAUCAUAACAGCCCCCAAAACUGACAUUUGAUCUGAAAGAAAAAGCUGUGACAAAUGGACAAUAUGUCUAUUACUAACACGCCAACAAGUAAUGAUGCUUGUCUGAGCAUUGUUCACAGCUUGAUGUGCCAUCGACAAGGUGGAGAGAGUGAAACUUUUGCAAAACGCGCAAUUGAAAGUUUAGUUAAAAAGCUAAAGGAGAAAAAAGAUGAAUUGGAUUCUUUGAUUACAGCUAUAACUACAAAUGGAGCUCAUCCUAGCAAGUGUGUUACAAUACAGAGAACGCUGGAUGGGAGGCUUCAGGUGGCUGGUCGCAAGGGAUUCCCUCAUGUGAUUUACGCUCGUCUUUGGAGGUGGCCUGAUCUUCAUAAAAAUGAACUCAAGCAUGUUAAAUAUUGUCAGUAUGCUUUUGACUUAAAAUGUGACAGUGUCUGUGUAAAUCCUUACCAUUAUGAGCGUGUAGUAUCGCCUGGCAUCGAUCUCUCAGGACUGACACUACAGAGUUCUACUCCAUCAAGCAUGUUGGUGAAAGAUGAAUACGUUCAUGACUACGAGGGGCAGCCGUCAUUGUCGUCUGCUGAAGGCCAUUCAGUCCAAACCAUCCAGCAUCCACCAAGUAACAGAGCAUCUACAGAGCCUUACAGCACCCCAGCCAUGUUAGCUCCUGCUGAGGCUAGCACUACCAGCACCACUAAUUUUCCCAACAUUCCUGUGGCUUCAACAAGUCACCCUCCCAGUAUAUUGACAGGUAGCCAUAGUGAUGGACUCUUACAGAUUGCUUCAGGGCCUCAGCCAGGAACUCAGCAGAAUGGGUUUACAGCUCAGCCAGCUACUUACCAUCACAAUAGUACUACAACUUGGACUGGAAGUCGAACGGCAGCCUAUACGCCUACCAUACCUCACCACCAGAAUGGCCAUCUUCAGCAUCAUCCACCUAUGCAUCCUGGACAUUACUGGCCAGUUCACAAUGAACUUGCAUUCCAGCCUCCUAUAUCAAAUCAUCCUGCUCCAGAAUAUUGGUGUUCAAUCGCAUACUUUGAAAUGGAUGUGCAAGUUGGGGAAACAUUUAAGGUUCCUUCAAGCUGUCCAAUUGUAACUGUUGAUGGAUAUGUGGAUCCUUCUGGAGGAGACCGUUUUUGCCUGGGCCAGCUUUCCAACGUGCACAGAACAGAAGCCAUUGAGAGAGCAAGGUUGCACAUAGGUAAAGGGGUGCAGUUGGAGUGCAAAGGAGAAGGUGACGUGUGGGUUAGAUGCCUCAGUGACCACGCAGUCUUCGUUCAGAGUUACUACCUGGAUAGAGAAGCAGGGCGUGCGCCAGGUGAUGCUGUUCACAAGAUUUACCCAAGUGCAUAUAUAAAGGUUUUUGAUUUACGCCAAUGUCACCGUCAGAUGCAACAGCAGGCUGCCACUGCCCAAGCUGCUGCUGCUGCUCAAGCUGCAGCAGUAGCAGGAAACAUCCCUGGACCAGGAUCAGUAGGUGGAAUAGCCCCAGCCAUUAGUUUGUCAGCUGCUGCUGGAAUUGGUGUAGAUGACCUUCGCCGCUUGUGCAUACUCAGGAUGAGUUUUGUAAAAGGUUGGGGACCUGAUUACCCCAGACAGAGCAUCAAAGAGACACCCUGCUGGAUUGAAAUUCACUUACACCGUGCCCUCCAGCUUCUAGAUGAAGUACUUCAUACCAUGCCUAUUGCAGACCCACAACCUUUAGACUGAGAUCCCGCUGCUGCACUGCUGUGGGCCAUUAUAUUGUGAGGAUGGUGGAUUGUAAAAUACAAGUCUGUUUAUAACCUGAAGAUAUAUUUUACUUUUGUUCUGCUUAAUCUUCUAAAACCAGGUUUUAAAAAUGUGUUUGCCGCCUUGCUCUUAGCAGAAAGAAACUGAACAUGCAGAAGUUGGAUUUCGGUUAUUUUCAGAAAUUAACUGUCAAAAUACAUGGCUCAGGGCUUAAAGUAAAGGGUGAAUGCCUUAUAGAGACUUCACAGUAUUGGGUUUGUUCCCUUUGAAACUUUCCCUCUCUAUUACGGCAAUUUGAUGAUAAGCCUCACAGGAGCCUUUUGUAUGCAGAAUAUAUAUUAUAUAUAUAUUUAUAUCUGAAAAUUCCUUCUAAUAGUUAUGAACAUUUACCUUAUAGCGACUUUUAAAUUCCAACUGAUUUGUGAUGUUCUUUUUAGAGAACAAUAGUCAACAGAAGACUUCUUCAUUUUGUUGACUAUCUUGUUAUGAUUUUUCCAGAUUAAAAGGUAGAAGCUGCCAAAAAAUGAGAUGAGACCUACAUUGUUGGCAUUGAUUAGAAAUAACAAGGAAAAGUAGUGUUGCUUUUCCUUCACUAGUUUUUAAAAAGAUAUCUUAGAUUUUUAUUUAUAUAGACACAUGAGUUUUGAAACACUAAAAGAAAUGGAUACUUUCAGUGCUGGCACUCAAUUUAAAUAUAACAUGAAAUACCCAGUCUGCAAAGUUGCCACUUAAAUUGCUUAAUGAAUACCUAAUGGCAGGAAGAUAUUUUCAUAACUACUACUGACUUCUAUGAUCUUACUCAAGUAAAACUUGGCAGGUAUUUUAAAAAGUUGCAUGACUCUUUUUACUUGCAUAUACCAUUAAAUCGUGUAUCAAUAUUUAGGAUCCAGUUUUUGUAUCUGUUCACCAUUUCCACUCAGGGCAAGAUGGCAAACUUGUUUUUAUACCUCUCGGUUAUUUUAAGCCCUAUGCCAUCAAUGACCGUAUCAAUUGGCAAUGACUUUGUAUAGAGAAUUUAUAGUAGAAAAAACUGCAGAUGUAUUGACUGUAUGACAGAUACAAUAUGUAUGCUUUCUCUCUAGUUAAUAGUAUAAAUAAAAUUAUGAAAACCCUGAUUUUUAUAAAUUUAGUUUGCUUUUAUUACAUAAUUCUGCACCUUGAAACCAUUGAUGUAGAGUGAUGGAUUACUUUCCUUUGAAAGACCAGCAGCAGCAGCCAAUAGUGGUAGGGUUUUUUGUUGAUUUAAGUUUGCCAGGAAGCGAUUCCAAUUUUUCCUGCUUUCACUGCUUCUCAAUAAAUAUAUGUCCUAAGGAUAACUUUUUCAGCUAUUUGAUGGGGCGUGAGGAGGCAGCAGGAAUUCUUUAUUUUUCAGCGUGUGUGCAGAGAAUUGGAACUUAGUUAAACAGGCUCAAAAUAUGUGGACUCCGACUUAAGUGCUGCGUUCGAGCACUGCCAGCUCGGCCUGCCUGCUGUGCUUCACUGAGCCGAUCUGGCAGUGCGAUCCUAGUGGUUAACAUAAGUGGAAGUCUUGGAACAGAUUAUUCGGGAUCUUUUUGCCAAGUUUCUUGCAUAGACUCAGGAAUCUGUAGAGGGCUAUGACACAUAGCGUUUAGGUAUUACUUCUCCCAAACGUUCAAAUUCUUAUGAAAGAAGUCAGCAAUCAUUGUUUCUGCUUUACAGAUGGAAGCACAGAAGACGUGAUUUCAAAGAGAUGGCCAGAAAUGGAACAUUUUUCUCACUAUUUCCUUUAAUAGUGUUGCCUUCAGAUUGACUUCUAAGGAGAUCACUUUUUUUUUCCCCUGCCUCUUAUGUGGCAACUUCUUGAUAUUUGAAAAAUUAAUGUUCACUUAUCUCAAAGCCUUAGUUAAACCUUUUGUUUGUUUGUUUGUUUUUUUCCCUUUCCUAAUUAUCUUAUUUGUCUGAGUAGAAGAAGAGCCAAGCCUCUUCAGAUUCUUCAGGAACAUGUUCAACAGAGGGUUGUGCUAGCUCCAUCCUCUGAGAAGCUUCUUAUCCAGGAAGAAUACAUACCUGGAUUCCACAGCAGACGACUUUCUCUGAUGGAAGAAAUGGAAAGCCUGGCUACACGUUCAUCUUGCCAGCCUGCCUGUUGAAUUGUCUGCCCUGCUUUUACUGCUGGAUACGUGGUGCUUUGGCUUUUGGAAAGUGUGCAGCCUUCUGACUGGUGAACAGGUUAGCGUGGAGCGUUCACUUAUUUAGGAAUCCAUGAGCUUAUUCCCUAGAUAACUUUGCCAUUUCAAAAGGUGCUUAUCUUGGUGGAUGCCUGAUCUGUAUAUGGGCUACUUCACAGAAAUCCUCCAUACCAUUUGCGUAUGUUUUUAUUCUGUCAAGCUUUGAUAGAAUAAUGAGAGAUUUCUUCCACCUGAUGGUGUUCUUGCCUGUGUUACAGUCUGAUAAGAAUUCAAGUGAUAAGACUGUUUUUUGGAGAUUUUGCAAGGGGUAGCCUCCACCUACAGUGAGUGGUACCUACAACACACUACAUAAUUAAAAAAAACAAAAAAAUAAAAAACAAAAGAAACAGCAAAGCAGAAUGACAAAGGAGCUUAUCAGAACCAGGAAAUCACAGGUUUCCAGAUAGGAAGAAAUCUAAACACUGUGUGAGGCAGUAAAAAUAAUGAAAUGCUAUUUAUCUUACCUACCAGGUUGUCAACAAUCAGAUGCCAUCAUAACUGCCAAAGGACAAAAUAUGAGAAUCUUGUUCUUAAUUUUUAAUAUGCCUUUAAGUUAAUUUUUGUGCUUUUUUAUAAGGCAGUGCGUAAUGGUUUGGAAACCCUUCAGCAGCAACACACUGCAUCUUUGACAGUCUUGCAUUUGCAUCUUUUUUCUGAAAUUCAAGAGAGAGAGCUACUUGUUUGACAGCUGUGAAGAUCCAUACACCCGGUAGGCAGAGAGGUCAGCAAUGCCAGAAUCCUGUCUUCUGUUCAUUUUUUUUUUUGAACGUCUCAGAUUCAGUGAACUGAACAAGUAUUUGUUCUGCUAGCAAUCUCUUGCUUGCGAUCCUGUUCUCGUGUCUAGUGCGCUUCGUUCUUUCUGUGAAGCAGUUACCACUAGCUGGGUGCAUGUUUCUCACCCUGACUUGUGCACUUCUUAGCAAACAUUAUGUACAAUGCAAUGCUUCGUAUUUCAUUUUGUGUACUUCAUAGCUGGGAUUAGCACCUGAAGGUUACAUGGCUUUAGCCAUGGCGUCGUUAGUUUUGAAAGAAGGGCACUUAAAAUAGUGUAUUAGAGAUGUAGGAAAUGAAACCUUUUCAGCAGAGUGGUUUGAAAAACUUCUAAAAACAGUUCUACGCAGCAGCAAUCUGUUGGAAGGUGACAUAACUGCUAAACGGUGCCGUUUAGAGACGGUUGCUGGGCUUGUUCCUUGCAUUACUUUUCUGGGCUUGGUAAGAAUGAUCUGUCUGUUGAGGGACCUGCACCCCCUGACUGCAACGUGAAUCACUGAUUAACGGCUUUCUGAAAUCUGCUGAAAACGGGGGAAGUACUCUGGCUGCUUUAAUAGAGAGGGACCUGACAUACAAAGAGCGCAAACGUCUGGCCCCGUCGCAGAACAGGGCUGUAGCAGCAGUAGUCAUUGAACAUGUGUCCAAAUCUUGUGCCUUACCUUGAAGACCAUCUUACUUCUUGUGACACUUCUAAUGAUGACAGCUUCCUCUCUGCAUUAGCUCAGGAAUGACUGCCUCAAUUGUUCUGCUAGGAACCACAAAAAACUCCUAUGCUAGUGUAAAUGGGGGAGGUCUUCUGCCUCUGAACCCUUCCAGUGUUGUUUACGUCUUGAUGGUGGUCUUUAUUGGGACAUCUUUAAUCUCUUCUCUGAAGAGUAAGCGCUUUAGGAAGGACUGUCUCCUUAAUUUGCAUUUUUACUCUGCUGUGCGAGGUGACUGGGAUCUCUGGUCACUUUAAUACGACCAAUUAAAGACAGCCAGAUGGGUCUUCCUCUAAGUGGGAUUCAGACUGCCUUUAAGAAAUCCUCUUUCCUUCCCCUCCCCCUGCUCUUCUUUCAGGCCCUGUGCGACUUAACAUCUGCUCUAUAAAAUUAUAAGAAGAUGCUUCUUUGUAGUCAGGAACUGAUAAGGACAUACAAUUUUUGAGAGGUUAUUUAUUUUAAGUAAGACUUAAAAAAUAACCAUGAAGAACAAAGGUCUCGUCUGGUCCUGCUGGUAACUACGGCGUGUUUCCAUGGCUGGUGAUGUUUCUGUGAGGACCACGGUGCUCUUCCUGGGACUGAUACUUGCAGGUUGCCUGGCGUACGGCAUUUGCAUUCUUCUGGAGCGCUAAGCUGGUUCCCGCUACCUCUGAGGCGGGUACGCAGCGCUUCGUUCCUGGACAAGGAAGCUAAAGGUGGGACCAGUGAAGAGCACUUCUCCACCAGCUGGUUGGGUCGGCCUUGGAUGCUGGAUGUGCCCUUUCAUUGUCAUCCAUCUCCAAAAAGCCGUUCUUGAUAGUACGAUCUGGAAGCUGAGCGCCGUGCCGGGUCAGUGCCAUUGCCACGUGUAAUGCUGCCGCACGCCCCAAGAACCGACUUGGCUUCUCGGUUGUGUUACGGUUUCACUUGAUGAGACCUGACAAAAAGUAGAACUCGUAACAAAUCUCGAGAGGUUUUGGCACUGUUGGCUGCUGUUGUGCCUUGUGUGCGAGUCAUGCAUCGCUCCUAAAUUUACGGGACUAAUUCUUUAAAGGUCACCAAAACCAUCUAGUGCUUUCUUGCUCCAGUACCUUUUUCUGUGUCUUUUUGGUGAAGUUUGGUAGCACUACUAAGUUUCAGCUGGAUUGAUAGCUGCAAAGUACACGCAACCCAAAACUCACUGCGAGAGGGUUUUUUGAGCAUGAAAGCCUAGUUAACAACUGUUCUUCUAGCCAUUGCCUUUUGAUAAGCGGUCAACAGAAUUCCCAGUAGUUCCUUUGUAGCUUACUGUAUGUUUUUCAUUAGACCUAGUUUGUGGAUAAUAUACUGUAGUUAACUUUCCUGAAAUUCUGUAACAGAGUAUGUUUUUGAUUAAAAAAGGUAAAGAUUCAA